UUGUCCAAAAUUCAGUAUUUUUGUAAAAACCCCCCAAAAAUCAAUUCCACGGGCUUUCCUUAGUGAAUUCGGCCAUGAAGGAGAUUUUAUGCCCAUUUGUUCCGUCGGUCAAGUCGUUUCUAUCAAACACUUGCCCGCUGGCCUUCGCUUCCGCCGUCCACCGUCCGCCGUCCGCCAUUACCGAGUUCACUGAAGAAACCUAAGACCUCACCGAAAAUGGACAGGUUAGGAGGAAAACUCAAGGUGUUGCUUUCCAUCGUUUCAGUCUCAGCACUCUCAAUCUUAAUCAUAGCAGAGUAUCGAAGGCGUCGGACAUUAAAGUGCCCCCGAAGUUCAUGUUAUUUACAAGCUGACCACAAGCCACAGUUCUCGUUCAAGCGUGUUUUAGCUGAUAAUUCAUAUUCUUUAUUCAAGCAUUUCAAGAUCACAACUGAUUCUACUACCAGUGAAAAAAGUUUGAAUUUGCAUCCAUAUGAGGCUGAGAUAACCAGCUUACUGGAAUAUCCAAGACUUGAAGGAUUACAGUUAGUUGGUAAGAAUGUUGAUAUGAAGAUGAAUGAGUCAUACAUUUGGGUUGAUACUGAGUUGGAGUUGAAGGAGCUUGUGACCGUAUUGAGUAAAGAGAAAGUCUUUGGUGUUGAUACUGAGCAGCACAGCUUACGGUCCUUUCUAGGCUUUACAGCUUUGGUUCAGGUAUCUACUCUGAAAGAAGAUUAUUUGAUAGACACUAUUGCUCUUCAUGAUUUCAUGGGACUUCUUCGCCCGGUGUUUGCUAAUCCUAGCAUUUGUAAGGUGUUUCAUGGUGCAGAUAAUGAUGUUCUUUGGCUACAAAGAGACUUUCACAUAUAUGUUGUUAAUUUAUUUGACACAGCCAAGGCAUGUGAGGUGCUGUCAAAACCACAGAAGUCACUAGCCUACCUACUGGAGUCAUACUGUGGUGUAAUUACAAACAAAUUGUUACAGCGUGAAGACUGGAGGCAACGCCCAUUGUCAAUGGAAAUGGUGCAAUAUGCUCGAACUGAUGCACACUAUCUAUUAUAUAUUGCGAAUUGUCUAAUUGCUGAACUGGAACAACAGAAAAAUGAGAAAACUUCCACCGAUGACAAAUUCCAUUUUGUUCUUGAGGCUAGUCGACGUUCAAACACAAUGUGUAUGCAACUAUUCUCAAAAGAAAAUGAAGCAUCUCCUGGGGAAUCUGCUGCUUUGUCAAUAUUUUCCCGCCGUCUGAAUGGUCGAGGCAACUCAAUAGUAUCUGGUGGAUUUCAGGAUGUGGUGAGGCGAUUGUGUGCAUGGAGAGAUUUAAUGGCCCGUGUUCAUGAUGAGAGCUUGAGAUAUGUAUUAUCGGAUCAAGCUAUCAUUGCUCUUGCUGAUAAUAUUCCUACUAGUUCAAAGGAUAUAUGUAAAGCUAUUGGCGAAGCUGAUAUUAACGCAGAUUCAAGUUUCACUUCUCUCCACCCAUCUCCAUCCCCUGUUGUUUACAGCCAUUUAGAAAAUCUUUGUGAUCUACUCCAAGACAAGAUAGCCUACCCUGACAUUUUUCCAACAAUUCUUCAAAAGUGCUUAGGUUCACAUGGGAGCUGUCCGCUAUCAAUAUUCAAUUAUGCCUUGUUGGUUAGUUGUAAUUUGAAAUUGCCAUUAGUUUCCAAACAAAAAACGGUCAAAAACUCAAAGCAAUUUACUCGGAAGGCUUCUCGAGCAUUAUUUGUUCAAAAGUUUUCUUGCAAAGCUCCAGUUUAUCAUAAUUGUAGGAUUUAUGCAAACGAUGGACGGCUGCUUUGUUACUGUGAUCAGAAGAAGCUUGAAUGGUAUCUUCGUCGGGAUUUAGCAAAGAUGGUCGAUGAAAAUCCUCCUGCCAUUAUGCUUCUUUUUGAACCCAAGGGUCGUCCAGAAGAUGAAGAUAAUGACUUUUAUAUACAAAGUAAAAAGAACAUAUGUGUAGGCUGUGGUGAAAGAAAUCACUAUUUACGCUAUCGUAUUAUUCCCUCAUGUUACAGAAUGCAUUUUCCUGAGCAUCUGAAAAGUCACCGUUCUCAUGAUAUUGUCCUACUUUGUGUGGACUGCCAUGAAGUUGCUCAUGCAACUGCUGAAAAGUAUAAAAAGGUAGUUGCUAAAGAAUAUGGAGUUCCACUUUUUGUUCGUAAAGUGGUUGAUUCAAAAGAACACCAACUUAAAUGCGAGUCAUUGGAAGAGGCCGGUGUUUCUCCCUUACAGUUACGAACAGCUGCGAUGGCUCUUUUGCGGCAUGGACCUAGGAUGCCAUCUGAGCGCCGUGAAGAACUGACAGGGGUUGUUAUGAGCUAUUACGGAGGAAGAGAUAUUUCUCAGGAUGAUUUGGAAAAAGCUCUGUUAGUUGGCAUGAAUCCUUAUGAGAGAAGACGACUUAAUAAAAAGAAAGGAAUUUCUUUUAACCAUGCCCAAAACAGCUCCGUAACAGAUAUAGAGCAUGAAAAUAGCUCCAGUAGCAUGACAACAGAAGUUAAUAUUUCAAAUUCCUCUGAUACUAAAGAAGAAUGUGAUUUUUCUCUGGUAAAGGAUGUUGCUAUACAUUGCAACUCUUCAUACUCUGAUUUGGGAACUGACGGAAAUUCCCCAACCAUUGCUGAGAAGAGCUCAAACUCAAACACAUACAUAAUUUCUGAUGCAAACAACGUCAGUUGUGUAAAGGGUGAUGAUGAUUGCGCGAAUAAAAGUUUACCAAAUGGAAAAGUUGACUACUGCCCUUCGAAAAGUGAUGGAAGUGCACGUUCUAAACAUAACUCGAAGUUGUCUUUAUUAGGACAUGGACCUCAUGGGAAACAAGUUGUAGAUUAUAUACUAGAAAAUGAGGGGGAUGAAGGUAUCAGUCAGUUUUGUCAAAAAUGGAGACAAGUAUUUGUGGAAGCUGUUCACCCUCGUUUCUUACCUGCUGGCUGGGAUAUUAUGCACAGGUACUGUCCCAAGGGGUUAAUUAUGAGCCCUUCGUUUUUCAGUGGUAGGAGGGGCUUCGGAGAAUUCAGCGUCUACAAUCCUUCGAACACAGCAUCUGACAGUACCAAGACUUGAUGAGCUCAAAUGGCAUGGAGCAAAACCUGUUAUAAAACUUGUGUUUUCGUGACCAAACAGAGAAAUAUGAACAACACGUUUUUGCUUUUCAUUCUCACCUUAUUUAUUUUCCAAAUGAAAAAUGAGAAACUCCAGUUUUGGGCUACAGUUUAGUUUAUCAUGUUUGACAUUCCCCUACGGUGAAAAUUUUGUUCAUGAUCGUAAUUACACGUUUUCUUAGUUUAUAACAAGUUUCUCGUCAUUUACCGAUUA